AUGGGUAGCAAAGAAGGAUUCGAGUUGGCGGACAAGGCUAUCGCCAAGGCCACUCGACAGGGCACUUGGGUGUUGUGCAAGAACGUCCAUCUUUCUCUCAAGUGGCUGCAGGAUCUAGAAACAAAUCUACACCGCGGCCAGGCGCACACGAAUUUCCGUUUGUUCCUGACUAUGGAGUACAACCCCAAGGUGCCUGCCACUUUGGUGAGGGCCUCUUGCACGUUCGUCUUCGAGCCGCCGCUCGGCAUCAAGGCGUCGCUCUACAGAUCUUACGCGAUGCUCUUUGGUGCCAGUGCGACCCGAGGCACCGCCAGUCGAAACGCUGCUCACGCUCAGCCCGUCCAGGCCCCUGCAGCGGCGCGCUGUCGGUUACAGUUCCUCCUGGCUUUCCUGCAUGCAAUUAUAUUGGAGAGGCGAAGAUACGCACCAGUUGGGUGGUGCAAGCUGGUGUUGCGAUCCUUCAUAGAUUAUUUGUUUCGUCCUGAGGCAUUUGAAUCGGACUUCUGCCUCAACAUGCCGACAUUCGGGAAGGGCGCGGACGCAUCGCCUGCCGAUGCGUUGCGAGCACCCGCUGAGCUGUACAAGACCCACGAGCAGUACUUGGAGUGGGUGGAUUCUCUACCUACCCGCGAUAUGCCCGCUGCGGACGCAUCGCCUGCCGAUGCGUUGCGAGCACCCGCCGAGCUGUACAAGACCCACGAGCAGUACUUGGAGUGGGUGGAUUCUCUACCUACCCGCGAUAUGCCCGCAUGGAUUGGUUUCAACGCGCGUGCAGAGUGGCUGUUAGCAGCGCGACAGGCGCAGAGCUGCGUCACCAACUGGUCGACGCUGCUGCUGCGAGGCAAGGAAGAGGAUCUUGACUUUCACUCUAUUGCAGAGAACAUCCUGAAGAAGGGACUUAAACGGCAGAAGAGCGCUGCAGCAGUAGACGAAACAGAACCAGACGAAGCUGUACCGAAGACCUCGUGGCUUACGCUGCUUAUCCCUGUCGUCCAAGCCUGCCUCACUACCUUACCAGACAAACUCCCUAUCCUGCAACGAACAGAUGCUAUGGUUCAGAAUCCGAUGUUUCGCUGUUUUGAACGCGAAUUGGCUGUUGGUGCAAGGCUAUGCAAGUUGAUUCGCGAGUCUUUGGGGGAGUUGCUGUUGGUGUGUAAAGGCGAGCUGAAGAUAACGAAUUCGCUGCGUGAGCUAGCGAGUCAAAUAUCUUCAUCGAAAGUGCCACCCGAGUGGAGUCAGGUGUACGUGUCAUCUCAAGAGUUGACAGUGAAGGAGUGGCUGGAGGAUUUCAGCCGUCGGCUAGCUCAGCUAGCGAUGGUAUCUCGUGAAUUCGGCACGACAGGAGAGGAAGACGAUGCCGUGCAAACAGAAGCAGCAAUGCAUCUCUUAGCAAGGCAGCGCGACAACGGCGAACUGACGCAGUGGAGAAUAUGGCUAGGAGGCCUCUUCUUCCCUUCUGCAUACCUCACCGCAACGCGUCAAGCUGUCGCUCAAGCCAAGGGAUGGUCUCUAGAUGAUCUAGCUGUAGAGGUCAUCGUCGGUUCAUCCGAAGCAAAAGACGAUCAGUGCUUCAUCAUCACAGGCUUGACAGUAGAAGGGGCUGCGUGGAACUCAACUGAAGCGUGUUUAGACGUAACGCAUACACUGGCAUCGAAUCUGCCGCCUAUGGUGAUGCGGUGGUACCACAAAGCAGACGGCUGCAAAUUCAAGCAGCCGGGCGUCACGUACAUCGCCACUCCUUUGUUUCUCAACAGGUCUCGCAAGGAUCUGGUGGCCUUCGUUGAUCUGCCUGCUCACGCACAAUACCCGCCCUCCCUCUGGGUGCAGCGGGGCACUGCAGUAUUGCUGUGGAGUGAUUUCUAA